GCUAGGUGGGCGGGGGACUCCAUAUCCCAGCAUGCCCCGCGGCAGGCCCUACCGGCCGCGACUCCGGGCUUGGCCCCGGCCCUAGCUCGUCGGCGGUGUACUGGGGCGCGUGGAGGCUGUAGUCACGGUGGCGACUGCGGGGACGGAGGAGGGAAUGAGUGAAGAGGAGCAGGGCUCUGGCACUACCACGGGCUGCGGGCUGCCCAGUAUAGAGCAAAUGCUGGCCGUCAACCCGGGCAAGACCCCGAUCAGCCUUCUGCAGGAGUAUGGGACCAGAAUAGGGAAGACGCCCGUGUACGACCUUCUCAAAGCCGAGGGCCAAGCCCACCAGCCUAAUUUCACCUUCCGGGUCACCGUUGGCGACACCAGCUGCACUGUGACUUCCAGUAUUGCCCACACCCCUCUCUCAGGUCAGGGACCCAGCAAGAAGGCAGCCAAGCACAAGGCCGCUGAGGUGGCCCUCAAACACCUCAAAGGGGGGAGCAUGCUGGAAUCGGCUCUGGAGGACAGCAGUUCUUUUUCUCCUCCAGACUCUUCACUGCCUGAGGACGCUCCUGUUUUUACCACUGUGGCCAUUGCUGCUCCUGUUCCAUUGGCUGUCCUGACAAGGAGCUCCCCCAUGGAGAUGCAGCCCCCUGUCUCCCCUCAGCAGUCUGAGUGCAACCCCGUUGGUGCUCUGCAGGAGCUGGUGGUACAGAAGGGCUGGCGGUUGCCAGAGUACACAGUGACCCAGGAGUCUGGACCUGCCCACCGAAAAGAGUUCACCAUGACCUGUCGAGUGGAGCGUUUCAUUGAGAUCGGCAGUGGCACUUCCAAAAAGCUGGCGAAGCGUAACGCGGCAGCUAAGAUGCUGCUCCGAGUGCACACAGUGCCUCUGGAUGCCCGGGAUGGCACUGAGGCGGAGCCCGAUGACGAUCACUUUUCCAUUGGUGUGGGCUCCCACUUGGAUGGACUUCGGAGCCGGGGCCCAGGCUGCACAUGGGAUUCUCUGCGAAAUUCCGAGGGAGAAAAGAUCCUGUACCUUCGAAGUUGCUCUCCGGGCUCCCUAGGUGCUCUGGGCUCUGGCUGCUGCAGUGUCCUCAGCGAGCUCUCGGAGGAACAAGCCUUCCACGUCAGCUACCUGGACAUUGAGGAGCUGAGCGUGAGUGGGCUCUGCCAGUGCCUAGUGGAACUGUCCACCCAGCCAGCCACUGUGUGUCAUGGCUCUGCGACCACCAGGGAGGAAGCCCGGGGCGAGGCUGCUCGCCGUGCCCUGCAGUACCUCAAGAUCAUGGCGGGCAGCAAGUAGAGCCCCAGCUGGAUUCACAGAUGCGCGCCCCUGCUUGCUCCCUGCUCUUUCUGCCUCUGGGCCCGUGCAUCUCCCCCCUCUGGUACCCUGUGGAGGUGCCAUCUCUACCUCUGACAUGGACUACUUGCCUUUUUGCUGAGGAGGGCACUGGGCAAGGGGCCAGGGACCACAGGGCCUCAGUCAGCCUGGUCUCCGUCCUCAUUCUGUGGAUGAUGAUGAGCCUAGGAAGGAAAUUGAGGCUCUGCUAGAGUCCAGAAUAAAUGUAUACUCCUUGGUUUCAUAAA